AAAUUUGGACCGCUAACUCGUUCACCCUUCCACCACCUCUAUCUAUCCUCUCAACUCUAUUUCCUCAAAUCAAUUCAGGAAGAGACCUAAACAAAAGCUGCCUCAAUCCAGUUUGAAAGAGAAGGCAAGAGAGAAUCAGAUGGCUUCAACUUCCGCAGUUUCAAUGGCUAUGCCAAUUACUAAUGCGACCCAGAAGAGAGUGAGGAGCACCGAGGCCUUCGCUAAGGCAUUGCCUUUGAGGCCUUCCAACAAGCCAAUUGCUGCAUCAAAAUCCAGCAGCGCCAAGUUCCAAGUGCGGGCUUCUUUGAAGGAGAAGGCAAUUGCUGGACUGGCUGCAACUGCACUGACGGCCUCCAUGGUGCUUCCUGAGGUGGCUGAAGCUGCAGGAGCUGGAGUUACCCCUUCUCUCAAGAAUUUCUUGCUCAGUAUUGCCGCCGGUGGAGUAGUUGUCACUGCUAUCUUGGGUGCAAUUAUCGGUGUCUCCAAUUUCGACCCCGUAAAGCGGACCUGAGCGUCGGAGGAUGACAUUCGACCAAUUAUCUUAUCAUUUUCCAUUCAUGUUCCAUUGUCUGUAGUGGUUGUUUCUGUGUUAUGUGUGUAAUAUGCGGCUCCUGCUGUAAAUUCACCAUAUUCAAUAUAAAGUUUCCAUUUGCUCAAAAGAAAUUGUUUUUCCCGGAAA